CCUGACUCCUGGAUACGUUGUAUCUCUUCUUAAGACUUCUUGUUGAUCAAGCAAAGCGUUCUAUCCGGACUCAAGGUUUCUCAUUCUAAUGACAGCCUCCUCUGCAUGCAGCCACGCCAGACACACAGGGGCCGAUUAAAGUGUUUCACAUAAUUAUCACAGAAGGAUUGAACACAGACACAUUGCAAACAUGACUACUGAAAUCAGUAUCGAUAACUCCAAGCUCCCGGGAGUCAGAGAAGUGGUUCGAGAUUUUGGAGUACUGGAAGAUCAUACACUUGCUCAUACCCUUCAGGAGCAGGAGAUUGAGCAUCAUCUAGCAACAAACAUCCAGAGAAACCGACUAGUUAAGCAUGAUUUGAAAGUAGCCAAGCAACUUCAGGAAGAGGAAGAUCUCCAAGCACAAGCCCGGCUGAAAAAUCAACAUGUUGAACUUGAGCUCUUAGAUGGUGAAAUAGCUCAGGAAAUCCAAGAAAAACUGGUGAUUGAAGCAGAACGCAGACGCAGGCAGGAGGAGAAGGAUGAAGACAUUGCUCGACUAUUACAAGAAAGGGAGGAAAAGAGGAGAAAGAAUUAUUACCCGUCAUCACCAACCCGAGAUGAAGCUAAUCACACAAACCAUGAAGGCCACCGUAAAGGUAGGCACAAGGAAUACCGGGCAGAACAUGAUAGACAUCAUAGGCAUGACAGACCUGAACAAGAAAGAAUGGAAAGAAGUAAAAAGAAUUCUGAGCACUCUUCGUCCAACAUUGAGGUUAGAAGCCGUGGUCGAUCAGUGGAAUUGAGGCCUAAUGGCAAACUAGAGGAUGACUAUGCAAAUCACAGACCUGAAAACCAUCACCACAAGUCCUCCAAAAAAACAGAGCGGCCCGAAAGACCACCACCUCCAAAGAAUAAUAAAAAUGAGGAUGUGGGUAGUGACAAAACAAAUGGAGAACUUUUGGAUGAGCACCCGUCCAGAAGAGGCAGGUCUCAAAGCCGUGACUUUCCAAACAAACAUGACUCUGGAAGUGAGUUAUAUCAGGACAGUUCUAGUGUCAGAGAUACAAAAAGUUAUAAUGAAGGUGAUUAUAAAAAUGAGAGACACAGGAGGAGAACACCUUCUCCAAAACACAAGAGACAUCCUGGGGAUUCAGGUAACAGGUGUGGUGGGACUCGUGAUGCUCCACAAACCAGACAUACAUCAGGUCCAAAAACACGGGAAGAGUAUGAUGCAGAGAUUGCCAGGAAACUCCAGGAAAGAGAACUUAAGGUGAAUGUUGUGGAUUUAAAAGCAGCACAGAUGGCACAAGAUGAGGAAAUUGCUCGCUGGCUAAUGGAGAAAGAAGAGAAGGCUUACAAAAAAUCUAAAGGCCGAGAAAAGAUGGACAAAAGAAGACCAGAAGAAAGGGAGCCACGUUCGCAUGAGCAUACCCGUCCAGGAACAAGGGAACCUGAAGAACCGCACCGAUCGAGAAGUGAUAAACCAUACAGGCCUCUUCCUCCUUCUCCAGAUGAAGAUGGUGAAGGUGAUUAUGACCGGGAUUACAUAAAUCGUAAUCAGCACUGUUCUCCAAGAUCCAAUCCUAAAUCACAAUCUUCUCAUAAAAGUUCUUAUUACAGACCAUGAAAAUGGAUGCCAAAUUGCCAGUGAUGUUCACAAGCUUGUAGAGAGUUACGAAAAUAUGUCCCAUGUUCCAGUUAUCUUUGGGAAAAAAAUUAUCAAGAAACUUCUUUUAUUUCCCAUCCCGUCUGUCUUCAUCUUCCGAAGUAACCUUAAAAUGUGACAAAUCUUGUGCAACAUUAUCUGGUUUUGUGCAGCUAAUCAUGUUAAUCUUGUACAAACAUGAGUGUAUAGAAAUUUGUUCGAAAGUAUAUCAAAAAUACUAUUUUUUUUUUUCGGUUUCUGCAAGCAGAAUGAAGGGCCAGUUGUGAAAAUAACAAUUGUUCUUUAUUUGUUGGCGGGUACUCUUACAUGAGUGUAUUUUCUGCCUAAUAUACAUGCUCGCAGUGUUUAAUACUUACGGAUUAAUAAAAAACUGGAAAUGAUCUAUGAAAUAUUAGGGGAGAAAAAAAUACACCAUUAUGUGGUCUUAGAGUUGAUUGGUAAAGGUAUAUUUGCUCUAUAUUGCUUCCAUCGCUUCAAUCAGAUGUACAUAUUAAUGGUUAUUUACAAAAAGAAAUUGAGUGUUGUACUUUUGAAAAUGGGGCAGUCCCAAAGAAAACCAGUGACUGCUCCACUUUUAAAACUCACAACUGCUUUAUAUAAAUAAGCAACCAUCAUUCCACCAAUUGAAUGUGGCAUGCAAUUAGAUAUUUCCAGUAUAUAUUGUACUGACUGAAUACAGCCAUUGAGAUAUAUUCGAUCUAGAAAACUCAAUAGUUAUUCAGUUGUAUUCCGUUGGUUUUGAACAGGCAACGACUGUGUUACAUUUAACUGUCAAAUCUCAGUUCAUGACCGUAAGGAAAUCUCAUUCAUAUAUCCUCAGGAAACUGCUGCAAAAUGGACAAUGCAGUGUCACGUUCAUCAUGAGUGAUAAUUCCUCAAAUGCCUAUAUCUAGUAUUACCAGUAAACUGCACAAUGUUUGCGAAAGUAUAUGAAAAGUGCCAUUUAAAAAUGUUUUUAUAUAUUUACUUUUGUUUGCUUAUUGAUUGAAUGGUCAGAUUUUUGUUUUUGUUGGUUUUUAAAAGAUAGCUGUAGAUUACCAUGUUUUCUUGUUUGUUUGUUUUUUCUUUUAUAUUUAUUGUUACAAUUAGAUUAGACAAGCUGACCUUUAUUAAACUAACAUGUUAAACAGAGUUGGAUGCCAGAAAAAGUGGACAACUGACUGCAAUACCCAUACAUACCCCUGGGCCUUUUAGAAGGUUAAACUUGGCUAUUUUUUUAGGAUUUUUAAUAACUGCAAUUUAUUUUAUUUUUAAAAUGCUGCAACAUUUCCAUACGGAGACGAUUUACUUACCUUUUCUGCUAGGUUACUUUUUGAUGAGAACAGGCGAUCUCCGGAUCGCUUCACCCGUAGAAUUUAAUAAUUCUGACUUUCUAUAAUGCAAUGUGUAGUUCGUAAGGCCAUCCAGUCUAGUAGUGACCAAUAAAUGCUUCAGGGUUUGCUGUCUGUGACUACAGUAAAGCUCAUGCCUCCCAAAGUAAAUGGAAAAAUCCAUUUACUAAUUUUCCACUAGAAGAUUCUUACUAUUUAAAUAUAAUUU